AUGUUGAAGACAUUUUUCAGACCAGUAGCACGUUUGACCACGUCAAGAGGUUUGGCUACUGCAGCGCAACCAAGGAUUAAGAAGUUUCAAAUUUACAGAUGGAACCCGGACACUCCAGAAGUGGAGCCAAAGAUGCAAACGUAUGAAAUCGACUUGAACGCUUGCGGACCUAUGGUUUUGGACGCCCUUUUGAAGAUCAAGAAUGAGCAAGACUCGACUUUAACCUUCAGAAGGUCUUGCAGAGAAGGUAUCUGUGGCUCGUGUGCCAUGAACAUUGGUGGACAAAACACAUUGGCAUGCUUGUGCAGAAUAGAUACAAACACAUCCAAAGAUACCAAGAUCUAUCCUUUGCCCCACAUGUACAUUGUUCGUGACUUGGUCCCCGACUUGACCCACUUCUACAAGCAGUACAAAUCCAUCCAGCCAUACUUGCAGAGAGACACACCCCCAGCUGAUGGAAGAGAGAAUUUGCAAAGUAUCGAGGACAGAGCCAAGUUGGACGGUCUUUACGAGUGCAUCUUGUGUGCCUGCUGCUCUACGUCGUGUCCUUCUUACUGGUGGAACCAGCAGCAAUAUUUGGGUCCAGCUGUGUUGAUGCAGGCCUACAGAUGGUUGAUUGACUCCAGAGACGAAGCUAGUAAGAUCAGAAAGGAGAUGUUGCAGAACUCCAUGUCCUUGUACAGAUGUCACACUAUCAUGAACUGUGCCAGAACGUGUCCAAAGGGCUUGAACCCAGGCCGUGCCAUUGCCGAAAUCAAGAAACAGAUGGCCUUUGAUUAG